AUGGAUCGGCAGUCUGCAUUGUCUCGGGAUUCGCGCAUCCGUACCGGCCCUUUGACCAGUACCGCCACCGAUGCCGAGCCGUCGUCGUGCAGAAAUCAAAGACGUCAAUUCGAAGCUCGUUCUGUCAAGGGAAAUCUUCGACCGUCUUUCACGCCCGCUUUGCCGCCCGCCGAGCUCUCCGAGCCCGUGGAUUCCCGGCCUACUUUGCAGUAG